CAGAUAAUUGACAAGGAAAACAGAAGAUGGUGGCAGGCACAGCAGAAAUCUGAGCAGAAGAAAAAGAAGACUGGGAAAUAGAAACUGCAUGGUUCCCUCGCUCCGCGACAACGCGCCGCUCUGAGGAUCUGGUGGAGUAGGCGUCAUGGCGUCGCUUCUGCAGCACGUUCACGGUGGGAUCCUUACUGAGGUUCCCAGCAGCCUGAAGCGUCUCGCUCGCCUCGUCGUACGCGGAUUCUACGGCGUCGAACACGCCAUCGUCAUCGACCUCCUAGUCAGCCACCCAUGCGUGAAGGAAGACGACCUUGCCGAGCUUCUCCGCUUCGAACGCAAGCACCUCCGCGCGAUCAUCGGCCAGCUGAAAGCCGACAAACUCAUCAAGGUGCGUCUUCGCGUCGAGACGACCGCGGACGGCAAGGCGUCGAAGCACAACUACUACUUCAUCAACUACAAGGUGUUCGUGAACGUCGUCAAGUACCGGCUCGACCACAUGCGGCGGCGCAUCGAGGUUGAGGAGCGAGACUCGACGAGUCGCGCGUCGUUCAAGUGCGGAAACUGCGCAAAGUCGUACACCGACCUCGAGGUCGACCGGCUCUUCGACUUCACGACGGGAGAGUUCCGCUGCAGUUACUGCAACACGCAGGUGGAGGAGGACCACGGCUCGCUGCCGAAGAAGGACGCACGGACGCUUCUCGCGCGAUUCAACGAGCAGAUGCAGCCGAUAUUCGACCUCAUGCGAGACACGGAGGACAUGCGGUUGGACCAGAGCAUCCUCGAACCGGAGCCGACGAACAUAGAGAGCAUCCGCGCCAACAUGCCUAACAGGGGACAUGCAGGAAUGGGUCAAACGCGAGACCCAAACCAACAUGUAUGGAGCGGCCAGCAGCAUACCGGCUUCCAGAUGUACGAGCAAGGUGUCACCGUGAAUGUUGGCGAUGAACAGAAGAAGGCUAGGGAUGUAGAGAAGAAGGAGCAGCCUAUCUGGAUGGCUGCUAGCACUGUACAGGGCGUGUCGACGAUCGAGAGUGAAUCCUCGAUGCAGUUCCCCGCGCCGGAGUCAUUCGCCGGUCCGUCGGCGGUGCUAGAGGGCGCUCCUGCUGCCGCAGUGGACGAAAACGAUGAUAUCAUGCGAGCGCUACUCGCGCACGAGAAGAAGAGCGCGGCGGCGGAUUUCCCGGGAAGCGGCAACGAGAGCGACACGAGCGAGGAAGAGGAUAGCAAGCCACAGACAUCGGCAGAUGCAGUGGCAGACUUCGACAGUGACGAGGACGAGGAAGCCGUCAUGGUGAGCAUCGGUAACAUGAGGAUUCCGCUAGACGAGGUGACCGAGGAACUAGUCGCCAGGAUGACCGCCGCCGAGAAGGAGACGUACAUCAGGAUAGGACAGGAAGCAUACUCCAGCAUGUACGACUGAUAGCAUCAGUAGCUGGGAGAAAAGGAGACGUACAUCAGGAUAGGACUUGAAGCUUACUCCAACAUGUACAACUGAUACGUCGGGGUGUUAGCGUCAGUAGCUGGUGGAUGAAGUGGACGGAUGAGGGUUGCAGUUGGUUCUACUGACAGUUGAUCGUUCUAGCGAGGGAAAUACGAGGAAGACACUGUAGUGCAGAUGUGAAGGUUAUAUAUGAUAGACAUAGGGCUGAAAUAGUGAUCGUCCCACUUGGUAAGGAAAUGUACUGUAUAGUAUGAGUACACUCAAUGAGGUGUCACUCGUGGAAGUAGUUUUGAUAGUAUUCUCGGCUGCGAGGUGUGAGAUACGUUUACAGAACUGUGUGUAAAACUGUUUGUGUGUGUUGUGAGGAGGCACACGCAGCGAUAUUCCAUAGUUAGUGUAUGUCUGAAAAUGAUGCCUUGCUUUCAUCUUUUCGUUGCCAUUUCCCGCAAUAAGAGAACGUGAGGUGACAUUUGCCUGGUUUCCAGCAUCUCCUACAUUAAGCAAUUGUGUAACGGCACAAUGUGGAAAGGGCUUCUUUGCGUAUCAGGAUAUAGCAUGGAUAAAAUGCAGCCAAAUUGUGAGUAUGGAGCUCAGAAGUCAGGGAGGUUAAAAAACAAAUUUUAGGUAUUUUGCUGGCUUACUUUUCACGGUCAUCUGACGUGCAUUAAUGGCUCGCAGGUUGUGUAAUAUUGUUUAGCAGAGAUCACAGCAUUAUUGUUCGAAGCACGUCGUAUGUGAUGUACAGAGGUGAGUGAGCGUAGGACUAUAUAGAUUUUUGCUUUGUUGCAUGUUCAUUGUGUAUGGGAAAGCUUUUGUGCUAAGUAUGCGUUCUAUGUAUAUAUGCUUGUCACCCUUUUCAUGCAUAUUGGCGUCAGCUAACUCUGAGUCUGUUUGAGCACUGGUAUGCUCAUGUCAGUUGAUUGUUUCACUUGACUAAGAGUCCGAAUUAGUAUGUCAUAGAAAACGGUUUGAUGUUCAUUAUAUGUUACAUUAUCUAUUUUUUUGAGAAGUAGUGUGCAUAUUUUUUUUUAUUAUAGAUGGUUCACGAAGUAAAAUAUUCAUCUUGAUUAAUAUAAUCAGGAGUUGAUAAUAGGGAACUACUAUUAUCUACUUCUGAUAUAAUCAUACCGUGAGAGAUGUGGCCUCGAUUUUUGUUUGCUGGUAAGCUUUUAUGUAUUUGUAGCAGACACACACCAAGGGUGAAAGAUAGUGUGAACAAUGAACUUAGAAUAAUAUUAAUAACCGAUUUUUAUAGUGUGAUGAGAAAUUUCUACUAUAUUUUUAUUAUGCUCUCAGCUAUAAAAUUUCCUGCGUAUUUCCCGCGACAAUUCACAGAAUAAUGCUGUGCACUAAGGAAUCUAGUAUUGUGAAGAUAUUCCUCAACUGUAUUAUGCAAUUCUAAUCUUAGUGUACGAUGGUGAGAUUCAAUGUAUCUCUCCAAGGUUAAAUCAAAACUGUUUUGGAUUAAUUCAACUGAACAUAAAAACGAGUAAGGGUUAAUUUCAUGUAUGUCAUUUGUAGUUUCAGCCAUUGUAUUUAUUCAUAUAUUCAUAAGUUUGGUAAUAAACUUUUGGUAUGAUUGAAUGAUCUGUAA